GGAAAGAAGAAGAAGUGUAUAUAUAUGUGGGUGUUAUUCUCAUUAGAGAACACAAGAGUAAACAAGAGUGAUCGAUCUAAGCAGCAUUGCACAGUAAAGAUCAAUGGAAGCUCAUGUUCCUCCUCCUCCUCCGCCUCCACUGGCAGCACCUUCUGAUGAUACUCGUGACGAGGAAAAUAUUACUAUCCCUGAUCCGUCGACGGAGAAUGAUGAUGAUGGUGAUGAUGCUGCUGCUUCGAAACAAGGAGAGGAUGCACAAGAAGAAGAUCUUGCCGCCAACAAAGACGAGGAUUUGUCGUUGCCGCCGAUUAGCGGGAGGCCGAGAAAUACGGGGCUUUAUCUGUUCAUCAUGGAUAUCAGGCGUGUGUUCAAGCUUGAUGAGCUCGGCUCGGAGAUCAUGCGGAUCGCCGUGCCCGCCGCAUUGGCUUUAGCAGCCGAUCCGCUCGCUUCUCUUGUCGAUACCGCAUUCAUCGGCCGACUAGGUUCCGUGGAGAUUGCUGCUGUGGGGGUUUCUAUUGCAAUAUUCAACCAGGUUUCGAAGGUUUGCAUAUAUCCUCUUGUUAGUGUCACCACCUCCUUUGUUGCCGAGGAAGAUGCCAUUAUCAGCAAAGCCAUUAAUGAAGCAGUAGAACACAAAACUGAAGACUUGGAAAAGGCUUAUUCUCCUGCAGACGAUAAUGAUCUGAACGACGACCUGCCUCCCUGCACUACUACUGAUUCUAAGACAAACUGUGGCGCAUCGUGUCUUGCCGCCGAGUGUACUAAUUUGUCGAGAUAUGGAUGCAAGAGGAAAUACAUUCCCUCAGUUUCAUCUGCACUAAUUGUUGGUGGAGUUCUUGGUCUUCUUCAGACUGUCUUCCUGAUUUUCGCGGCGAAACUAGUCUUGAGCAUCAUGGGUGUGAAGUCUGGUUCUCCUAUGCUAAACCCAGCAUUGCGAUACCUGAUGUUGCGAUCACUUGGUGCCCCUGCUGUUCUCUUAUCUUUGGCCAUGCAAGGGGUCUUUCGCGGAUUUAAGGAUACAAGAACUCCUUUGUAUGCUACUGUGGCUGGAGAUGCGACAAAUAUCAUAUUAGAUCCAAUUCUAAUAUUUGUUUUCCAUAUGGGUGUUAGUGGUGCAGCAAUUGCUCAUGUUAUUUCUCAGUACCUUAUAACAUUGAUACUGCUAUGUAGACUAGUUCAACAAGUUGAUGUCGUACCACCAAAUAUAAAAGCCCUGAAGUUCAGUCGAUUCCUUCGAUGUGGAUUCCUUCUCCUAGCAAGGGUGAUUGCUGUAACAUUCUGCGUCACACUCGCUGCCUCGUUGGCUGCUCAUCAUGGGCCAACUGUCAUGGCUGCUUUUCAAAUUUGCUCGCAACUUUGGUUGGCGACUUCUCUUCUUGCCGACGGAUUGGCUGUUGCUGGACAGGCUGUACUUGCUAGUGCAUUUGCCAAGAAAGAUCAUCGCAAGGUUGUUACUGCUACUGCUCGCGUAUUGCAGUUAAGCAUCGUUUUAGGGAUGGCUCUGACAGUUGUGCUUGGAGUGGGGAUGCGAUUUGCUGCAGGCAUUUUCUCCAAGGAUGCUAAUGUGAUCAAAAUAAUCCAUAAAGGAAUUCCGUUUGUUGCUGGUACACAAACAAUCAACUCCUUGGCGUUUGUAUUUGAUGGAGUCAAUUUUGGAGCAUCUGAUUACUCAUAUUCUGCAUAUUCUAUGGUUGCAGUAGCUGCUAUUAGCAUUCCAUGCUUGAUAGUCCUAUCUUCACAUCAUGGAUUUAUUGGAAUAUGGAUUGCGCUGACGAUCUAUAUGAGCUUACGAACUAUUGCUAGCAAUUGGAGGAUGGGAGCAGCGAGGGGACCAUGGACUUUCCUUCGCAGAUGAUUUGCUUUCAGUUUGUAAGCUUGUUGUUGUCGUAGGCAGUUAUAUAUAAAAUAUAUGUAAUAAAUAGUAGAUGAUUAUGCACCAUUCAAUUCUUGUAUUGAACUUUGAUAUGGGGGCUAAUAGAUACUCUUAUU